ACCUCAUGAGGGUGAUUAUCGAGACGGUACCUUACGCGCGAUGUCUCUUCCUUGGAUGUUCUUGGUCACGUUUUCGUGUUUGUAUCAAGUUGGAUCUAGUCUAACGUGCAACGGAAGGGCUGCGUUUUGUGAUCUCACUCUAAACCAGGCCACAUUCGCAGGCACUCACAACUCCGCUUCUGGUUUUGAUGGCUUUCUGCAUUAUCAUACCCCGUUAGGCCCCAUCGUGGCGCUGAGCUGCUUCUACCGUAAUCAGCACAGGAGCAUCACGGGACAGCUAGACGACGGUAUUCGAUACUUGGACAUUGACACGUGUUGGGAAGACUCCAGUCGGUACACCAAGGGUGCAUGGGCGUGUCACGAGGGGGCUUACGCAGGGCCGGUGUACAAGAUACUAAACCAGGUGGACGCAUGGAUGCGAAUACAUCGUAACGAGGUCGUCGUCAUUAAUUUUAAUCGCGACACCGUAACCGAGGACGCGGAAAAGACUGGGCAACACAUCACCAAGCUCAUAGAGGAACGGUGGGGUGUGACUGCUGAACGACAAACGCGCAAGGAGCUAAUGGUGAACGACUAUCGGCGCCGAAACUGGCACUGGCCGACACUGGGGGAGGCUGUCAUGAGCAAUCAAAGAAUUUUUGUGUUCAUGACCAGCAAGCUGAUUCAUCAUAGAGGGCAUGAACUGUACUACAGUCAUCGCUGGAUCAAUCCUAGUGGGACCAUCGGGAUGUCCUGGAAGAGCUACGGACUGAUCGAGUCCAAAGGCUGCAGCAAGCUGGUUGAAUACAUCCGAGAGAAAUGUGACCAAAGCUAUUCAGAUUUUAUGCAGAUUGACUUGAUAUUGACGUGGGGUCUGUGUGUUGAUGAUAUGGCGUAUUUCUGCAAUCGGUACACCGAACAAAUCACCCAGGAAUGCGCCGAGCGACGUGCGAAAACUAACCGAAUGACGGCGAACUUCAUUUUGGUCGAUUAUCAGUCGGAAAUCUCGGGAAGUAAUCGAGUUGGCCAAGUCGCACUUCGGCAGAACAUACGAAAUGUGAAAAGUUUUCUUGGGAAAGAUAUCUCUUAGAAUGGUUAAUAAACAGGGUUUAACCUGAA